UCCCCGUUCCGCCCCCUGUCGCCAAGCAAGGAAUCCGGCGCUGCUGGUCCGGGCGUAGUAUUUACGACAGUGCUGGCGUUUUCCGACCGGCCGCACAGCUGCUGACGCGUCGGGAGGCGGAGCCUAGGGAAGCGAAUUCUCCUGGCGGCAGCUGUGCAGAGACGCUGUUGCUGUGACCCACUUGCCUCUUCCGCGGAGCGAUGGCAGUGUCUGCCAGGUCCGCGCGGACCCCGCCCAGCUCAGAUAAAGUACAGAAAGACAAGGCUGAACAGAUCUCAGGGCCCAGGCAGGGCAGCCGAAUGGGGAAACUCUUGGGUUUUGAGUGGACAGAUUUGUCCAGCUGGCGGAGGCUGGUGACCUUGCUGAAUCGACCAGUGGACCCUGCAAGCCUGGCUGUCUUUCGUUUUCUUUUUGGGUUCUUGAUGGUGCUAGACAUUCCCCAGGAGCGGGGGCUCAGCUCCCUGGACCGAAAAUACCUUGAUGGGCUGGAUGUGUGCCGCUUCCCCUUGCUGGAUGCCCUACACCCACUGCCCCUUGACUGGAUGUAUCUUGUCUACACCAUCAUGUUUCUGGGGGCACUGGGCAUGAUGCUGGGCCUUUGCUACCGGAUAAGCUGUGUGUUAUUCCUGCUGCCAUACUGGUAUGUGUUUCUCCUGGACAAGACAUCAUGGAACAACCACUCCUAUCUUUAUGGGUUGUUGGCCUUUCAGCUGACAUUCAUGGAUGCAAAUCACUACUGGUCUGUGGAUGGCCUGCUGAAUGCCCGUAGGAGGAAUGCCCAUGUGCCCCUUUGGAACUAUGCAGUGCUGCGUGGCCAGAUCUUCAUUGUGUACUUCAUCGCGGGUGUGAAAAAGCUGGAUGCAGACUGGGUUGAAGGCUAUUCCAUGGAAUAUUUGUCCCGGCACUGGCUCUUCAGUCCCUUCAAACUAUUGUUGUCCGAGGAGCUGACUAGCCUGCUGGUCGUGCACUGGGGCGGGCUGCUGCUUGACCUCUCAGCUGGUUUCCUGCUCUUUUUUGAUGCCUCAAGAUCCAUUGGCCUCUUCUUUGUGUCCUACUUCCACUGCAUGAAUUCCCAGCUUUUCAGCAUUGGUAUGUUCUCCUAUGUCAUGCUGGCCAGCAGCCCUCUCUUCUGCUCCCCUGAGUGGCCUCGGAGGCUGGUGUCCUACUGCCCCCAAAGGUUGCAAGAACUGCUGCCCCUCAAGGCAGCCCCUCAGCCCAGUGUUUCCUGUGUGUAUAAGAGGAGCCGGGCCAAAGGUGGCCAGAAGCCAGGGCUGCGCCAUCAGCUGGGAGCUGCCUUCACCCUACUGUACCUCCUAGAGCAGCUAUUCCUGCCCUAUUCUCAUUUCCUCACCCAGGGCUAUAACAACUGGACUAAUGGGCUGUAUGGUUAUUCCUGGGACAUGAUGGUGCACUCCCGCUCCCACCAGCAUGUGAAGAUCACCUACCGUGAUGGCCGCACCGGUGAACUGGGCUACCUUAACCCUGGGGUAUUCACACAGAGCCGGCGAUGGAAGGAUCACGCAGACAUGCUGAAGCAAUAUGCCACUUGCCUGAGCCGCCUGCUUCCCAAGUAUAAUGUCACUGAGCCCCAGAUCUACUUUGAUAUUUGGGUCUCCAUCAAUGACCGCUUCCAGCAGAGGAUUUUUGACCCUCGUGUGGACAUCGUGCAGGCCGCUUGGUCCCCCUUUCAGCGCACAUCCUGGGUGCAACCACUCUUGAUGGACCUGUCUCCUUGGAGGGCCAAGUUACAGGAAAUCAAGAGCAGCCUGGACAACCACACUGAGGUGGUCUUCAUUGCAGAUUUCCCUGAGUUCACUCUACCGUGGGGUAGGAUGAUGAACGCUGUUGGUCUGGCAGGACUGCACUUGGAGAAUUUUGUGAGUGAAGACCUGGGCAACACUAGCAUCCAGCUGUUGCAGGGGGAAGUGACUGUGGAGCUGGUGGCAGAACAGAAGAACCAGACUCUUCAAGAGGGAGAAAAAAUGCAGUUGCCUGCUGGUGAGUACCAUAAGGUAUAUACGACAUCACCUAGUCCUUCUUGCUACAUGUAUGUCUAUGUCAACACUACAGAGCUUACACUGGAGCAAGACCUAGCAUAUCUGCAAGAAUUAAAGGAAAAGGUGGAGAAUGGAAGUGAAACACGGCCUCUACCCCCAGAGCUGCAGCCUCUGUUGGAAGGGGAAGUAAAAGGUGGCCCUGAGCCAACACCUCUGGUUCAGACCUUUCUUAGACGCCAACAAAGGCUCCAGGAGAUUGAACGCCGACGAAAUACUCCUUUCCAUGAGCGAUUCUUCCGCUUCUUGUUGCGAAAGCUCUAUGUCUUUCGCCGCAGCUUCCUGAUGACUUGUAUCUCACUUCGAAAUCUGAUAUUAGGCCGUCCUUCCCUGGAGCAGCUGGCCCAGGAGGUGACUUAUGCAAACUGGAGACCCUUUGAGCCGGUUGGAGAACUGAGUCCCUCAAACAUGGAUUCUUCACAUCCUAAUCCUCCUGAAUCAAAUCCUGAUCCUGUCCAUUCAGAGCUCUGAAGGGAGCCAGAUGUUGGGUGUAGAUGUAGAAGCGGCUGGCCACAGAUCCAUUCUAUACAAUGGACAUUUAUUUGAAAAUAAUUCUCAAAAUUUUUUUUACUUUUUUUUUUUUGUUCUAAAGCUCUUUUUAAUUCAGAGAUGAUAACUUAGAGGAACCAAGAAAAUAAAGCAAAUAAGAUUAAACAACUCAAGAUUGAGAGGCCAGGAGGAGGUUAGAAGCAAUGUGAAACUGCCCUCCUAAGAUGGUAAGAGUAAGGUUUAAAGUGGCUCUUUAGGGGCUGGGCAUGGUGGCCUAUACCUGUAAUCCCAGCACUUUGGAAGCCUGAGGUGGGCAGAUCACUUGAGGCCAGGAGUUCGAAACCAGCCUGGCCAACAUGGCAAAACCCAUCUCUACUAAAAAUCCAAAAAUUAGCCAGACAUGGUGGUGGGAGCCUGUAAUCCAGCAACUCAAGGGACUGAGGCAUGAGAAUCACUUGGGCCCAGGAGGUGGAGGCUGCAGUGAGAUGAGGUCGAGCCACUGCAUUCCAGCCUGGGUGGCAGAGCAACACUCCAUCUCAAUAAUAAUAAUAAAAUGGCUCUUUGGGGGAAGCAAUUUAAUGUACCACGAUGAAAAUAAUAGCUAACCGUUCCCAAGUGUUUGCUAUGGGCUAGACACCAUGUGAGCAAUGUUUCCUUCAUUACCACAUUAGGCUGAGAGAGGCUGAAAAUAAUUUGCCCAAAGACAUAACAGCUAGUGAGGGAUGGACUGAUGAAUUGACUUAAGGUCCUGUACCCUGCCACUUGUAAUUUUCAGAAUCACUGAUAAAUCUGAAAUAAUGUAGCUUAAAAUGUGUCUUCUUAAUCAGAAGUAUGAUUGGAUGGUGGUCAGGUUGUAAAUGCACAUAAUUUAUCUUCAUUGCAAUUUUGGUUUCUUCUUUGUUCCUAUUAUCUACAUACACACAGUAAGUUUUUCACUAGCAGUUAUGAGAUUAGUCAGAAUAGCAGCAUCAAAGUUAAAUAAGGAAAUCUAGAUGAUUGAUAGAUUUUCUCUAAAAA